ACCACUUUGAGUGGUACACAACAUGACUAUCAAGACGAGAGUUUGUUGAUACUGUUUACGCCAUGGACGUCUGCUUUCCACUGUGUUGACAAGUUAAUAUGUGUUUAACUAAUACUUCCUACUGCUGUAUGCUGGCGUAGACAUUCUUUUUUUUACCUUGGCUUUUGCUAUUAGUCAUUGCUGCCUGGCCAAAGCUCAAAGCAGAAUAGACUGCCUACCAAACAGGGACAAUUUCAACAUUUAUUGCUUUAAAAACCCACAAAAAUAAUUUUAAAAAAUGGCUGGCUAUAAAAGACUUUUUUACAGAGUCGCAUUAUGGACUUGGAGAAGAAGUAGUUGGAUGAGUCGAAAUGACUCUUCGGCUGUGUUUGGAGAGGCAGGGUUUUCAUCUUGCAGACCAAAGGUGUGUAUUGUUGGUAGUGGUCCAGCAGGUUUCUACACAACCCAGCACUUGAUUAAGGCUCGUCAAGACAUUGAAGUGGACAUUUAUGAGCGACUACCUGUUCCCUUUGGCCUGGUCAGAUUUGGGGUUGCUCCUGAUCACCCCGAAGUAAAGAACGUCAUCAACACAUUCACACAGACAGGCAAAAAUGCCCGCUGUAGUUUCUACGGUAACGUUAACAUCGGAAAGGAUGUGAGCGUUAAAGAGCUACAGCAAGCCUACCAUGCUGUUAUAUUGAGUUAUGGGGCAGAAGGAAACAGGAGUAUGGGGAUACCUGGAGAAGACUUGGCCGGCGUGUACUCUGCAAAAGACUUUGUGGGCUGGUACAAUGGACUGCCAAGUUGUCAACAGCUGAGUCCAGACUUAAGUUGUGAAACAGCAGUUGUCCUGGGUCAAGGCAACGUGGCUUUGGACGUAGCAAGAAUACUACUGUCUCCCAUGGACAUGUUAAAGAAUACUGAUAUCACCCAGGCAGCCCUUGAAGCUCUGAUGGAGAGCCAGGUCCGUAGAGUGCUAAUUGUUGGCCGUAGAGGACCAAUGCAGGUCGCCUGCACAAUCAAGGAGGUCAGAGAAAUGGUCAACCUGCCUGGGACCAAGCCUCAGAUGCUGCCAACUGAUUUUGAUGGUGUCCGUGAAGCUCUUCAAGAUUUACCAAGACCACGAAAGCGUCUCACAGAGUUGAUGUUGAAGGCAGCCAUCGAGCUUCCAGCAGAAAAAGAGCAGGAAAAAAGUAAUAAGGCUUCACGCAGUUGGGGAUUUCGAUUCUUCCGGAGCCCAGUCCAGGUCCUUCCAAGUGCUGAUGGCACCAGGACGGCUGGCAUCCGCCUGGCAGUCAACAAACUGGAGGGUUCAGGUGAGGCAGCGCGUGCAGUGCUCACUGGUGAAGUGGAGGACGUGACCUGUGGCCUUGUCAUCAGCAGCAUUGGCUACAAGAGCCUCCUCAUUGACCCAUCGGUGCCGUUUGACUCUCAAAAAGCUAUAGUCCCGAACCUAAUGGGCCGUGUUCAACAAGCUGCAGGUCUUUACUGCAGUGGCUGGCUUAAAACUGGCCCAACUGGCGUGAUAGCCACUACUAUGAAUAAUAGUUUUGAAACUGCACGAUCCCUAAUUGAAGACAUGGACUCGGGAAAAUUGGACCUUUCUGCUGAAAAAUCCGGUGCCCAAAAAAUCAGAAAUCUGCUUGAAAAGAGAGAAAUCAAGCCUGUAACCUUUUCGGGCUGGGAGAAGAUUGACCGUGUGGAGACAAUGAGGGGUGGGUCGACAGGAAAGCCCAGAGAAAAAUUGCUGACCGUGGAAGAAAUGCUGCAACUUGCCUGGAUGUGACCACCGGAUACAGCUUAGUGAUUUCACAAAGCUGUAUUACAUUUUUAUCGACAAAGACAAACCUUGAUCCACAUGAAAGAGUGCCAAGAUCAUGUAAAAAAUAUCAAAGAAAAUUGUAUUUGCAUUAAAUUGAGUUUGAUGAAACAUAAAAACCGUAAAUGUGUAGUUCAGUAAAAUUGGUAUUUUUGACCAAAGCUGCAACAGGAAGGAAAAUAUUUCAUUCCUACCGUUUUGAGUCCAGCCCCUGAAUUUUUUUAUGGUAGGUUUACGUCUCUUUAAUGUGUAUGUACUUGGCAGUUUGACAUCCAUUUGGUUUGAAUUGAAGUUUAAAGAACUCUGCUGCUCGUCUUUUAACCAAAAUCAAACGACGUGAGCACAUUACCCCUCGACUGGCUUUCCUUCACUGGCUCCCAGUUACUUUUAGAGAUAAUUUAAAAAUUUUACUUUUUAAAAAAAUAAAUGCCUACACCAAGAAGCCCCGCCCUAUCUUAUUGAGCUGCUGCAACUUUGUCCAAGCAGGACUCUUCAGACUAAAAUACGGUAGACUAGAUCCUCCUUGCUGCCCCAAAAACUAGGCUAAAAACAAGAGUCUUUACAGUGGCAGGCCCCUGACUAUGGAACAACCUUUCACUAUUAGGUCCUCCCAGUCUGAGCCAAUUUAAAUCUAGGCUAAACAUAUUUUCACUCCGACAUUCAAAUCCAGUUAGACAUCUUUUUUUUCCUUGUUUUAAUUUUACAUUUUAGGUGACGUAAGUCACUUCUUUGAAGGUAUAUUUUACUACCGUAUUUUAUUCAUCCUUCUGUGUUACGAUGUAAAUGUGACACUGUGCCCCUCUUAAGUCUGUACAGCACUUUGGCCAACAGGUUGUUUUUUUUUUAGAUUUAUAAAUGUGCUAUAUAAAUAAACCGAACUAAAUGGUUGAAAUAAAGAGUACUUAAUGGGCACAUCUGUCUC